UCAACCAAGAGAGAGAAAGGGUAAGAAAGGGAGCGGAGCUGGCGCCUACGGUGGCCGAAGAGGGACGCGCCGAGCCGGAGGCUGCAGGAUGAUGCGAUUCAUGCUGCUGUUCAGCCGGCAGGGGAAGCUGCGGCUACAAAAGUGGUACCUGGCCACAUCUGACAAGGAACGCAAGAAGAUGGUUCGGGAGCUUAUGCAGGUUGUUCUGGCCCGCAAACCCAAGAUGUGCAGCUUCCUGGAGUGGAGGGACCUCAAAGUCGUCUAUAAGAGAUACGCCAGCCUCUACUUCUGCUGCGCCAUCGAGGGCCAAGACAAUGAACUCAUCACACUGGAGCUGAUCCACCGAUACGUGGAGCUCCUGGACAAGUACUUUGGCAGUGUGUGCGAGCUGGACAUCAUCUUCAACUUCGAGAAGGCCUACUUCAUCUUGGAUGAGUUUUUGAUGGGGGGUGAUGUCCAAGACACCUCCAAGAAGAGUGUGCUGAAGGCCAUCGAGCAGGCAGACCUGCUGCAGGAGGAGGAUGAGUCGCCGCGCAGCGUGCUGGAGGAGAUGGGUCUGGCCUAGCCCCCAGCCUGGGCCAUGCAGAGCUGUGGGGAGCUGGUGCAGAGGUGGGGCAAGAGUGGCUGCUUCUCCCACGCCUCUCCAAGGGCCCUUUUCUUGGCGGAACCCAGUUGCCCCCCUGUGCCUCACCUUUUGGAGUAAGCCGUGGGCUCAGGACCCUUAAACGUUCCCUUCCACCCCCUACCUCGUGUUCUCCCUUUUCCCGCUGAAGGUUGAAGGAGUCAGGAGGUAGGAAAAACUGACCAAGACGGGGGUGCUAUUUGGCUUUCAUUCCCUGCCUUUGUUACCACAGACUCCCUCCCCUCCCUUAUGACUGUAAAUAUAUAAAUAUGUCAGGUUAAAGGGAAAUGGUGUUCAGGGCUCUUCUCGACCCCUUGCCCCCAGAACCUACCUCCAUCUCCCAGCCCCCAGCCAUCCAUCCAGGGCAGCUCCUGUGCCCGGGAGAGGGGCCUCUGUGCAGGGAGAGGGAAGGCCUUUUCCCUCGUCCGCCCCCUCUCCUCCUCGGCUGUGGUGGGCCUCUGCCCAGUGCCAGGGGAGAACCACAUAGGUAAUUUUUUUCUAACCUUGCCACCUUGAGGGAGGGGAAGGUCAGGGGGAGGGAGGGCUUUGUGGGAAAUGG